GAACAGUGAAAAACUCGUGUUAAAAAUGGAAACCACGUUUGUAGAUAAAGCAACGAUCAGCUAUGUGCAAAAUCUAGCAAAAUGUGAUAUUACGAAAGAAGAGUUGACGGACGCAAUAGAAUAUCUUCGAGAUGUCCUGAUACAAUUUCCGUCCAGUCUUGUUGACAGUCGCGAGGUAUUUUACAACGUCAAUCAAAUAUGUUUUCCACCAACUAUACAUAGUCAAAAGUGUAUUUGUGCAAAAAAUUAUGCGUUCAUUACGUGCAGUUGGUGCAAAAAACUAUUAUGUUUUACAUACUUUUAUACGGCAUUCCAUCCGCAGAGUUGCGACAGCAUGACCACAUUUUAUAAUACGUAACUUUCAUUUGUGUGCC